CAAAUCUAGCAAGCAAGUCGUGAUCAGUGGUGUCGUUGCAUCAAUCAAAACCAAUCGAGCUGGACUCCCUCAAAUAGCCUCUACGAUGAAGGCAGCGGACGAGCCUGCCUACCUGACCGUGGGGACUGAGGUCAGCGCCAAAUACAGAGGUGCCUUCUGUGAGGCAAAAAUCAAGACUGUUAAACGGACAGUGAAGGUUAAGGUGAUGCUCAAAGGAGACACCACUUCACAAGUUGUUCAAGAUGACCAAGUGAAAGGACAGUUGAAGGUGGGCUCCACAGUGGAGGUGAAGAGUGCAGAGGGGAUCUGCAGUGAGGCAACCAUCAACAAACUCACAGAUGCCAGUUGGUACACAGUGGUGUUUGACGAUGGGGAUGAGAAGACACUCCGCAGGACGUCUCUGUGUCUGAAGGGAGAGAGACAUUUUGCUGAGAGCGAGACAUUGGACCAACUGCCCCUGACCAACCCGGAGCACUUUGGCACCCCCGUCAUCGGGAAGAAGGGAAACCGCGGAGGAAGGAGGUCAUCUCAGGCUCAUGCGAAUGAUGAAAAGGACUCGUCCUCCAGUGAUGACGACAAUGAGGACAGGAGGAGGCUAAACGAUGACCUGCUGGGUAAAGUGGCCAGUAUUCAGACUGGGACAGACCGGACAUCCUGGUACCUGGCCCUGGUGAUAUCACCCAGCUGCAACGAUGACCUGACAGUCAGGAAAGACCAAUGUUUAGUGAGAUCAUUUGCAGACUCCAAAUUUCGCACGGUGGCAAGAAAGGAGAUCCAUGAAGUGAACAUGGAUAGCGUAUCUAAAGCUGAGUUCUCGUCGAGGAAUGGUUUGGAGGAGGCAGUGUAUUUCCUCAAAACCAAGGUGGUCCCUGACAGUUGGAAGAUGGACAUGAGCGAGAUCUUAGAAUCCUCCAGCAGUGAUGAGGAGGAGGACAAGGAAGGAGAAGAUAGUGAGGAGGAGGAGGAGAAGGAGGAGGAUGACGACGAGCAGCCUGAGGACGAGGCGGACCCAGAGGAGAGGGAUCACUUCCUGCAGCAGCUGUAUAAGUUCAUGGAGGAUCGAGGGACGCCAAUUAACAAGCCUCCUGUGCUCGGCUACAAGGAUCUGAACCUCUUCAAGCUCUUCAGGCUAGUCUACCAGCAGGGGGGCUGUGACAAAAUUGAAAGUGGAUCUGUGUGGAAACAAAUCUACAUGGACCUGGGCAUUCCCAUCCUAAACUCUGCUGCCUCCUACAAUGUGAAGACUGCCUACAGAAAGUACCUGUAUGGCUUUGAGGAGUACUGCCGCUCAGCCUGCAUCGUGUUCAGGACCAUCCACCACAACGAGGCUCGUCCAGCCUCCCAGUCCUCCCAGUCCCAGACAGAGCAUAAGGCUGCCCAGGUCCUUCAGGUAACGGUGAAGGACAAAGACAAGGAGAGCCAGGGUCCAACACCACCCGUCCAGACUGAGUCUGUGGCAUCCACAGAGGACAAGCCUGCCCAGGAGGAGGCUGAGUCGGGGAGUGAGAGUGACAAAGAGGGCCACACAGAUAUCUCCUCUCCCAGGGGGAGGAGACGGUGCACUGUGACCCCGGUCAAAGCUGAGACGAAGGAACCUGUCAAGCUGGAGAAGAUCAAAGAGCAGGAGCCGAGUGGUCUGGGUGUGGGGGAGACCAGCGGAGAGGAGACGGGAGGUCAAAGAGAAAGCAGCAGGUCAGACGGAGGGGACACCCCGGGGAAGAAAUGCAGCCGACGCCUGGAGGAGUCCGAUAAAGAGUCUGAGGACGAAGGGGAAGAUGAGGACAGCGAGAGGAGAGUUGGAGAACGGGCUGAGGACGAGGACUCAGAAGACUCUGUGACAGGGACUAAGGUGAAGGUGAAGUACGGCCGAGGGAAGACCCAGAAGAUAUACGAGGCCAACAUCAAGAAGACUGAGAACGAUGAUGCCGGAGAUGUCCUGUACCUGGUCCACUACUAUGGCUGGAACGUCAGGUAUGAUGAGUGGGUCAAAGCAGACCGGAUUAUCUGGCCUGUCGACAAGGGCGGAACAAAAAAUAAACAGAAAAAGAAAGUCAUGAACAAAGAAGAUGGAGAGAAGGACAAGCAGGGGAAGCUGGGUGGGUUGAGAGGUCGCCCUCUUCUCAGAACCACUCCCCCCAGUGCCAACCGCAGCGUCUCCAAGACCCCCAGCCGUGAGGGGCGCUCCAGCAGCAAGAGCAAAUCUGACUCAUCAGCCCUGCCCAACGGAGAGGGUACCCCUCGCCGACGCACAAGAAGAACCUCUGGGAUGUAUGACUCGGACAGGGAUGCCAACUCCAAUGAAGAGUCAGGGAAUUCGUCCGAGGACAGUGAGUCAGAGGAUUCUCCUGAGAAGAAGCCUGCAUGGGCGGAGAGAACGGACCCCGCCACGGCCCGUAAGCAGGAAGAGGAGGAGGACCUGAGGGUGGAGAGAGGAAGAGCAGAGGCAGUGGCCGCCGCAGCCCAAGCAGCAGCACAGCUCCAGCCCCCCAGCAGCCCUCAGGAGAAGGAGCAGCAGGAGGACAAACUCCCUGAGAGGAGGGAGCCUGUGAAGGAGAAAGAGGAGGCUGAGGAGCAGCCCCAGGCGCCCCCCAUGACCCCUGAACCCAACAGACCCAAGGAAGAGGACCCCCCUACCCCGAAAUCCCCCAGGUCUAAAGCAGCACGUAGAAGUAACGUUAGAGAGCCAGAGAGGAACACCAACAACACUGAGUCUGAAACACCCACCAACACCAUCAUCACCACCACUCCCAACCACACUGAGACAGAGUCGUCCCCCAGCCCACGCCCCCUGAAGAGGCAGGAUGAGCCCAUGGUGGUCCUUCACUGUCUCCCUGCUGAGCACCUACCCAGCAUGCCCGACCUCCCCAUCAUGGACUCCGACACAGACUCCGCCACGGAGGAGGAGAUUUGCAGGGAGCAGCGAGUCGUGGCCAAGCGUAAAGCCACAGAGCACAGGACGCCAGACAAGAAGGUGCGUCUAGACUGGAGGGAGGAGACUGCCAAAAUGGGAUCGCCUGAGAGGAGGCCCCAUGAUUCGCCUGGGGGGAGGCCCCAUGAUUCGCCUGGGGGGAGGCCCCAUGAUUCGCCUGGGGGGAGGCCCCAUGAUUCGCCUGGGGGGAGGCCCCAUGAUUCGCCUGGGGGGAGGCCCCAUGAUUCGCCUGGGGGGAGGCCCCAUGAUUCGCCUGGGGGGAGGCCCCAUGAUUCGCCUGGGGGGAGGCCCCCUGAUUCGCCAGCGGGGAGGCCCCCUGAGUCGCCAGCGGGGAGGCCCCCUAGGUCGCCAGCGGGAAGGCCCCCUGAGUCGCCAGCGGGGAGGCCCCCUGAGUCGCCAGCGGGGAGGCCCCCUGAGUCGCCAGCGGGCAGGCCCACUGAGUCGCCAGCGGGCAGGCCCACUGAGUCGCCAGCGGGCAGGCCCACUGAGUCGCCAGCGGGCAGGCCCACUGAGUCGCCAGCGGGCAGGCCCACUGAGUCGCCAGCGGGAGGCCCACUGAGUCGCCACGGGAGGCCCACUGAGUCGCCAGCGGGGAGGCCCACUGAGUCGCCAGCGGGGAGGCCCACUGAGUCGCCAGCGGGGAGGCCCACUGAGUCGCCAGCGGGGAGGCCCACUGAGUCGCCAGCGGGGAGGCCCACUGAGUCGCCAGCGGGGAGGCCCACUGAGUCGCCAGCGGGGAGGCCCACUGAGUCGCCAGCGGGGAGGCCCACUGAGUCGCCAGCGGGGAGGCCCACUGAGUCGCCAGCCGGGAGGCCCACGACUCCAGAGCAGAGGCUGGAGGCGGGGGGACAGAAAGGAGAAGAGUGCCUGACGCCAGUGACGGGUAAAACGGAGCCGGAGGUUAAAACAGAGAUGCCUGCCCUCACUCCUGAGGUGCAGUGUCGAGGUCCAGGAGAGGGAGGUAUCACAGGAGGUUGGCCCAGGUCGGAGCAGCCAGGCUCGGGGGCAGAGGAGGAGCUGAUGCCCCAGAUAGGGCCUGAGGCGCUGGUCUGCCACGAGGUGGAUCUGGACGACCUGGAUGAGAAGGACAAGACCUCAGCAGAAGACCUCCUAAUGAUGAUGAGUCAGGGGAAGGUACAUGCUCCCCCUCCGUCCAAUGCCUCCUCCCACCACCCCCAGACCCACAACAACCCUCCUCCGUCCUCCGGGGGCGCUGCUGCUCCACGAGUCUUCUCCCCCACCUCGGCCCCCAGCCCUGAUGAGUCCAUCAGCACCAAGAGUGAGAGUGACGUCACCAUCGAGGUUGACAGCGUAGCCGGGGAGUCUCAGGAGGGGCUUGGUGAUAACGAGUCGGCCAACUCCAACUGCUUUGAAGCCAGCACCAGCUCUAGCAACUCCAGCAUGUCACUACAGGAGAGGGACACCAAGGACAGAGGUCAGAAAAGGUUGAUGGACUGCAAUAUGAGUUCUUCUGCAAAGAAGCAGAAGCGCAACCAGAAACGGCCAACCACAACGUCCAAAAUGGAGAAGAACGGAGCAGAGUACAGCAGUGACAGUGAGGACCUGGCUGUCAUGGACCCCUCCUGUAAGAUGACUCCUGUGAAACACUCCAUGUCUAAAGGAAGCCUGAAGCUGGUCUCUCCUAACAGUAAGGAGUUAGAGAAGGACAAGCACAAACACAAGCAGUCCUCCUUCCCCUCCCCGCGCACAUACAAGUGGACCUUUCAGCUCAAUGAACUGGACAGCAUGUCAAGUGCUGAGAGGAUAUCCUUCUUACAAGACAAACUACAGGAUAUAAGGAAGUACUACAUGUCACUCAAGUCUGAAGUGGCCUCCAUAGACAGGAGGAGGAAGAGGUUAAAGAAGAAAGAAAGAGAGGUGUCCCACACCACAGCUUCAACGUCGUCUGGCUCGUCAGACACUGGGAUGAGCCCCUCCUCCGCCUCACCCACUCAGAACACUGUGGCUGUCGAGUGCAGGUGAUGACACGCCUUCUCCCCCAUGGUUCCCAUGACGACCACCCUGGAGACACGGGUUGUGUCCGAAAUGGCACCUUAUUCCCUUUAUAGUGCGUAUCUUUUGACCAGAAGCCCAUGUUAAAUGACCAGAAGCCCUGGUCAAAAGUAGUCCACUAUAUAGGGCAUAAGGGUGCCAUUUCAGACGUACCCACGUACUGACACACCAGAGCAAGCGGACAAAAGCACUCGACUGCCCCCCUCUGUCUCCUUUCACCCCCCAUCACUCCUACCGCAUCCAAUCCACCACUUGGCCACUCCCACUUCUUGCACUUCCCUGCCUUGUAGAUAUUGUAGUCCACCUAUCGCAGUGUUGUCAGGAAAUGGAUUCUACGUGAGUUGAAUGUAAAGGAAACCACAAACCCCAGAUACUCCUAGCCAAACCCCUUCACUCUCCAUCCUUGAACAGUCCAUGGCACUUUUCUCCUUCUUACUCUGUCAGAACCACAGAAACAGAUAUAACCUCCUCUGGUUCCCUAAACAGGAGCAAUUUGGAUUCAGUAAUGAAUCAAUGAUGUCUCUAUCAGCAGAACCAGACAUACACAAUGUAUGUAACCUACAAUGUAAAGGGUCCCUACCCUUGUUAAUAACGGUCACUUAACCAGCUUGGACAUUGUUUGCAAAAAGGUAAAUUAUGUUCGCUUGCUCCAUCAGAACUGCCAAAGUACACGUGUUACAGCAGAGUGCCCUAUUUUGGAAAAGUGGGACAAAUUCAAUUGCGAAAGGGAAUGUAGUUUACUGAAAACUGCAGCCGUUGUCUUCCAUUAUUGCAUUGUCAGCACAGAUUAAUUAUGCAAACUAUUUUUGGGUCUCUUUUUAAGAAAAGUAAUUAAAAAAUGAAUAGUAAAAGGUUUACAGUGGAACUCAGGAGAAAAUGUUUUCAGUGGACUAAUUUCCUUUGCGAGAGUAUUUUGUCUUUUUAUAUGUAAUUGCAGAGUUUUUAUUUUAGUAUGGAAAAUUUCAAAAAGUAUAUAUCACAGCAGUGAAGUUAUUUAAUGAAAGAUUUCUAGCCCUGAAAUGUUGUGUAAAAAAGGUUUCUUGCAUUGUUAAAUAUAUUUAUUCUGUCAGUGGACACAUUUUAGUAUUUUUUACAAUAUGGAGACAUGAACCUUCCACAGUUUGGACAAUGGGAAAAUCUGAUAUUGAAAGAAUGCUGUGUGCUCAUCUAAAAGCAGACUGACUGUGAAGUUUCACUACUGUGCAGUACAUGUAUCCCACAUUUAACAGGGCCCUCUGCUUUCUCUACAGGUUAGUUUUUUUCCCUAGACGGAGUCUGGGGAACACAAUCAUUUGGUGGCCUUCACUUUGUUUCUUGGUACUUGUAUUUGUUAUAAUUUAAAACAUCUAUUAUUUCAACAUGAGUUCUGACCAAUUAAAUAAAAGUUUCUUAAGGAAUAUGUAUGUUAAGCCCAGAGGUUUCUUAUGAUUGUUUUUGUAUAUAGAUCUUCCAAAACCAUGAAUUUGAAAAAUACAUUUGACAAACUGUAAAGAAUGACUUAUUUUUUUAAACCAUCUUUGUACCGGUAUAUUAAAACCUUUUUCUAUGUCAAGUUCGUAGAAACAUUCGUGCACACAAUCAGACUGUAUAUACUGACCCAGUGGAUUUCAGCAUUAGUCUGAAACUAACCCUAAAGAAGAGCGUAAUGGAAGCAUUCAGAACAUUGAAAAUUUUUAUGCCUGAUAGACUUGUGAAAAACAUACAGUACUUCCUUAAAAGCUUAGUUUAUCUACAGAUUCCUGGAUGAAGGAAAGAAGGUAUUAAGAUUCCCUGAGCAAAGCCUUUGUAUCUUAAUGUAAAAUAAGCAGAGCUCUUCAUUUCUAAUAAAGUUUUUAAAUAUU